CUAUACAAAGGCAUUCUCCCUGCGUCCGUCCUUAACGGCAGUCAUACGCAAUGAGCUAUAUAAUAUAAUAUGUUCAGUAUAAUAUUUUUGUGUCUUAAAUAAUAAAUGUAUUUUUUCAAAUAUCUCUAAUGUACCUAUCAAUUAUUGUGUUCUUGAUUAAUAUUAAAUUAUAAGUUAAUCAAUAUUAAUCCUAUUUCUUUUUCCUUCGUUCAUCGAAUACCCAACAAGUGUGCAGUCAAAUUAUAGGAUAAUACCUACACAUUUACGAUGCAUCCAAAAUCAACCAUCAUGUGUAUUAUACUAGCAUUGGUGCCAGUUUAUGGAUUCAUAGCAUAUAACUGCAAUGAUAAAAGAAUAAAGGUAACAUCAUUCAACAGUUUAGAAGUUGAUCACUGCAAAACUCCACCACCAGCGACAAGCAUGAAUAUUCCAAGAAUUAAACUAAUUCAAAAAGCUGACACCCGCACAAUAUCUUUUAAAUCGUGUCUAAUUUCAGUAGACUAUUUAAUUACUAAAUGUUCAACCUUUGAUGAUGCACAAGCAGUUGAAGAUGAAUAUUUUUCAGAAUUAGUAUUGUUGGGAAACUCAGGUUGCUCAGAACUCCACAGAACUUCAACAUUUCAUUUUCCUUCAGGUGGCAUUAUAACAGGGUUAAUAACCAAUCAUACCACAUUUGCUACACACACAGUAGCUGGUAACUUUGACGAAAAUGGAAACUGUCAAGGAACAUCAUAUUCAACCGAUAAAGGAUCGUGGAAAAAUGUUGUAGUACAAGGUAAUUACAAAAUACAAUUAAGUGAAGGUGUCGCAAACAUCAUUAGUAAGGAAGACUUAUUAAUUUUACCAACUGGGGCUAGAAUGAGACUAUCAGAAAUGUAUGGAAUAGAUUCAUACAGAGGUGAAACAAUCUGGAAUAAUAAUAUCAUACAUCAAAAUUGUGACACGCAUAAUUUUGAUGUAUUAUAUGAUGGCCCUGCGACAUUAAUGAUUUCAGAACAGACGCCAGAAAAUUUGUUACAAACACAUACAUUCUUAGUUGAAAUUGAAAACAUAGUCUUCGCUCUAAAACAAAUAAAAAAAACAUUCGCAUGCGAAGUACCGGUUAUACAAACAGAACACCCACAAUUAUUCAUAUUAAAAGACAAUACAUUUAUGCAUAAUUUCUCCACCAAUAAUAUUUCACCUCAAAACACAGAUCUCAUGACAUAUAUUAACACAAAAUUUGUUUACAUAGAAAACUUCUUAAAAAACAAAAUAUCUUCAUUAUACAAUGAAUUAAUAAGUAAACAAUGUGAAAUAGACAGAACACAAUUAUUAUUCAAAUUAUCAUUAGCCACAUACAGUAUUGACGAAUUUGCAUAUGCCAUGGGACAAGGUCCAGGAAACAUAGCGAUAAAAUCAGGGGAAAUAAUCUACUUAAUAAAAUGUAAAGCAGUUGAUGUACAAUAUGCACAACAAACUGCAUGUUAUAACGAAUUACCAGUUACUCUUAAUAAUAAAACUUAUUUUAUGGCACCAAAAACAUACAUACUACAAAAUUACGGCACCCAAAUUGAUUGCAACGAAUAUCUCCCUGUAGCAUUCCGUCUUGAUUCAGAAUGGUAUGGAGUAGCACCAGCUCUUAUGGAAAUAAAAAAUCCACAAACAUUAAAACCUUCUACUUCAUGGACUUGGAACUACAAAAGUCCAGAACAUUUAAUAAAAGCAGGAAUUUACUCCCAAGACACUAUGGCAAAACUACAAAAAAAUCUACUUCUACCACAAGAAAUCCAGACAGCACUAAACAAUAUAGCCAGGCAAUCCAUGGGGUACUCAUACGUGGACCAAGGACUACGUUUAAAAAGCUUAAUUGAUGAAAUUACCAUAUCAAAAAUAAUAGAAGACAGAUCAUAUAAAAUGUGGGGAUGGUUCACUACAUUUGGAUCCUGCAUUUCUGGAUUCUUAGGCAUAUUCUUUAUCUGGAGAGCUAUAUCAAUAUUAAUAAAAAUCAUCAUUAAUAUCACUAUGCUUUACCAAACCUUUGGCUGGAGUAUAAGACUCAUAGCAGGAAUAUUCUCCAGCACAACAAACUAUAUUAUGCACAAAUCGCACAAGAAAAAAUAUGAUACAAUCAGAACUAUAGACAAAGAGCCAACAUUACCUUAUUUCCAGACAAAAAACACACAGAAAAAAUAAAAAUAACAACAAGAAGAAAAAUGUCUGUCUAAGAAUGCAUCCAUAAACACUCAUUGUUAUCUUUUGUACACUACUUAGUUAAUAGUUGAUUUGUAGUUUGAUAUCUAGCAUCGAAGUAGAAUAUUUCACAUUAUAUAACUUAUAUAUUAUGUUCAAUAAACUUAAAUAUUAAACAUGUUUUAUGUAUGUAUAUUAUAUUUACAAUAAUA